AUGAUUGGAAAUAUUGAGCGAGAUACAUCGGAUAUAAAUGUUACGAGAUUAAAAGAUGAAUUGAAUAUUGAACGACAUGAAUGGCCAACUAAACGAGAACUUUAUACUAUAUGUGGAAAAUUAGGAGAAGGAGCGACGGGUAUUGUUCAUUGGGCAACAUGUACAGGUUGUUCAAUACGAAAACGAGUUGCAAUUAAACGUAUUCCUAUUAAAGAAUCUAUGUAUAUUGAUAUUGUACGUGAAAUUCAUGUUAUGGCAUCAUGUUCACAUGAAAAUAUUGUUCGAUUUUUUACAAGUUUUGUUUAUAAAACAGAACUAUGGAUUAUUAUGGAUUUAUUAGAUGGUGGAAGUAUAAGACAAAUAAUUGAAAAACGUAUUCGAGAUAAAAAUGAUUGGUAUCUUGGUGUAUUCGAUGAACGUGAAAUAGCAACUGUUAUGCGUGAAACUCUCAAGGGUCUUGAAUAUUUGCAUUCUCAACAAUAUAUUCAUCGAGAUAUAAAAGCUGGUAAUAUAAUGUGUAAAAUCGAUGGUAGCAUUCAAUUAGUUGAUUUUGGUGUUAGUGCUUUUAUUACGGAUUCAUCAACACGACAAAAAGCUAUUGCUCAUACUUUUGUUGGUACACCUUAUUGGAUUGCACCAGAAAUGUUUUCAUCUAAUGGUUAUGAUAAUAAAGUUGAUAUAUGGGCAUUAGGUAUUGUUGGUAUAGAAUGUGCUACAGGACAUCCACCUUAUUAUAAAAAAUCAGCUCAAGAAGUAUUUCGUAUUAUAUGUACAGAUACAAAAGGACCAACACUUGAAUCAAAUGCUGAACGUGAAGGACAAUAUAUAAAAUAUGAUAAUGAAUUUCGUCAUUUUCUUGUUAUGAUAUUAGAACCAUCAAGUAUAAAACGUCCAAGUGCAUUGAAUUUAUUACAAACAGAUUUUUUAAUUAAAUUUGCUCAGGAUAAAAAAUUCGUUAUUGAACAUAUGAUUCUAAAAAUUCCAUUUGAUUGUCUUGAACAACAAAUUGAUAUUGAUUUACAAUAUGAUGAUCUUAAAGAUCGAAUACAAACAACACAUAAAGAACGUGGUCUACAAACUGAACAUACAAUUUUAGAUAAUAUAAGAAAUUUUUUUCGACCAAUAUCACAAAAAAUAAUACAAGAUAUUGAUCGAAAAUUAGAUGCAAAUCUUGAUUCAAGAACAAUAGUAAAUCAAGAAGCACCACUAUCAAUAAAAUUAAAAAUAAAAGAACCAGGACGUUUAGCAUUUUCAUUGAUAUCAUUUAAAUAUCAACCAAAUAUUGAUCAUCCAGUGAGUGUUGCACAAGAAUUAGUAGCUGAAAAUCAUGUAUAUGGACAUGAUUAUAUAUUAGUUGCAGCUAACAUUGAUAAAGUACUUUCACAUAAAGGCAAAAUUCGAUUUACAUUACAUAAGAUUGAUGGCAAAGAAAAAGAACCACCAUCAUAUGCUGAAAUUUCAAUUGGUGAAACACCUUUAACAGGAAUGAAUAAAAGUCUUUCAAAUAGUGGUUUUCGUUCAGCUGGUUCUAUCCGUCAUGAAAAUAGCAUUGAUGAAACAACAACAACAACAGCCACAACAGCAACAGUUGCUAUUAAAACAGAUGAUAUCAUUACGUCAACAACUUGA